AAUUCCCCAAAUCCCAAGCGGAGAGAGGAGUGGCGACGAUGUCUGGGCGCGGCAAGGGCGGCAAGGGGUUGGGCAAGGGCGGCGCGAAGCGCCACCGGAAGGUGCUCCGUGACAACAUCCAGGGGAUCACGAAGCCGGCGAUCCGGCGCCUCGCGAGGAGGGGAGGCGUGAAGCGCAUCUCGGGGCUCAUCUACGAAGAGACCCGCGGCGUGCUCAAGAUCUUCCUCGAGAACGUCAUCCGCGACGCCGUCACCUACACCGAGCACGCGCGCCGGAAGACCGUGACCGCCAUGGACGUCGUCUACGCGCUCAAGCGCCAGGGCCGCACCCUCUACGGAUUCGGCGGCUAGGUGCCUGGGGCUUCGCCGUGAGCCCGUCGGCGCCGUGUUGGAUUAGGGUUGGCUCGUCGUUUAGGGAUCUGGCUGUGCCGUAGCGGUGGUAGUAUUGCUGCAUGUCUUGCGUUUCAGGAUGCAACUUUUGCCUUCUGUGGUGUUGGAAUUGAUAUGCUAUCUGGACAAAUUGUGUGCUUUGCCAA